AUGAUCGAUAUUAAUGCUUCAGUAUCUCAACUACUUUUGUGUAAUAUCAGAGCUCAGGCUAAUCAAACUUUUACCAGCGCACGUGAUGUAAGGCGCCCGACAUUGGAAGCUUCGGUAGUUUACCAAAAUGUGCAAGAUUACGAUUGCUUCAUUUUCGACUCUUUAUCCAUCAAUUAUAUCAGUAUUAGUGUGCAAGUAAAGCAUAUAGCCAUGCCACAGAGAUCACGGUGGAACGUCGAUGCUCUCGCCUUUGCUGAUGCCGAAGACCCCGAGACGUUAUCCAUGACCUGGACCGAACCCCGUCUCUGGUCCCAGCGCUUGGCUGCAGGACUACAAGCCGCAGGCGGCAUAUACCAGUCCGCGAACCCACACUCAAAUGCGCGCGAGCUGGCCUAUCAGUUCAAGCUCACCACGCCACACUUUAUUCUGGCAAGCCAAGAAACUCUGGUCUGCGCUCUGGAGGCCGCCGAAAUGGUAGGUAUUGGGCGGGAGCGGGUUUACGUGUUUAAUCAUGCUCCGCUUGCCAAGGAUGGCAGCGGCAAUGAUGAUUCUAAAACGGGGGUAAAGCACUGGAAGAAUUUAUUGGCAUCGACAGAGAUAGGCCGAAGCUUCUAUUGGAAGAGACUAACCCCAAGUGAAUCGAAGUUGACCACCGUCUAUAUGAUAAUGACAUCUGGGUUAGUUAUCCUGAGGCUUCCCAUGAUCUCCAGUCACCCGAACUUGACGAUUGGCAGCACAACUGGUCUCCCCAAAGCAGCAGAGGUCUCGCAUUAUGGCAUCCUUUCCAACUGUGUCCAGACAGAUUUCGUCAUGAGCCUUGAACCCAACCUCCGCACGAAGGAGCUGGCAGCCAAGAAUUCCAGGUGGCUGUGCACUAUUCCACUCUACCACGGCCUGGCAUUAUGUUAUUUCUGCACCAUCUCUGUCGCGAGACAGUACGAGAUUCACUGUAUGUUGGAAAGCAUCGAGAAGUAUCGUAUCACGGAACUGCACCUCGUGCUCCCGAUCAUAGUGGCCAUGACCAAGGACCCUGCAACCUUUUCGUGUGCAGCACCGUUAGGUCCCGAACCGACCUUUCAGUACGAGUCGCUUUGGCCCGAAGGCCAAGUCAACAUCAAGCAGGGGCUUGCGUCAACUGACCUUAAGUCUAUGCCCUUACUGACUUCGCCCGUAGAUCCUGCUGUAAUACAAUCGGCUGGCUCCGUUGGAGAGCCAAUUCCGAACUGCGAGAUCAGGCUGAUGGAUGAUGAUGAAAAUGAGGUUGAACCGGGACAAAGCGGGGAAAUAUGGUUUCGGGGUCCAAACCUUAUGAAGGGACAGGGGAUGUGGCCCGCCAGGAUGAGAAUGGGUGGUAUUACGUCGUGGACCGAAAGAAGGCAAGUAACAGUAGACGAGGGAUUAAAGCCGAUGAGAGCUGACAUCUUGUGGCAGGAAAUGAUUAAAGUCAAGGGCGUCCAGGUCUGGCGUGCUGAGCUGGAAGCACUCCUUCUCGAUCACCCUGCUGUCAGGGAUGCUGCCGUCAUCGGUGUGAGAAAGGACCACGAGGAGCACCCUCGUGCCUACAUUGUGGCAGCACCCGAAACUUCCGUCACCUCGGACGACAUCUUGCAAUUCGUCAACAACCGAGUAUCAACGAUCAAAAGACUCACAGGUGGUGUGGUCUUCACCAACACCAUCCCCAGAUCUCCGGUACGUCUUACUAGAUACUAA